AUGCCCUUUGCAACAGUGACUGCUACUGUCUGCAUCUUGCUUUGCUGUCCACUCAUUUUUCUUUAUUGCAUUUUUACUGGUGGAUCAGUGACAGGGCCCUCUGUUGAGAUGCAUGCUGAGCCAGCACUAGAGCCUGCAACAUUCUGGCCCAUGGUUAUGGAUCUUGAGCUGCCUGCCAGCACUGAUGUGGGUGUGAAUGAUGAACUGAAUGUUGCUGAACCCAAGAUCAAUAUCAACAUUGUUGAUGAUAUCCAAGUUGAAUACCACCCAAAUGCUGGAAAGCCAACUGUGAAAGUGCCAUUCACCAAGUUCACCCAAGGUCAUGCACCCAAGACAUACAAACUGGAUCCAUGCACUGCUCUGUGGUACCUGUUCCCAACCCAUCUUGACUUCAACCUCUCAGAAUUCAUUCAUGAUGCUACUCUCAACAAGGAGCAAGACUGGACUCUGAAUAAUUACAAUGAUCCUGAGAGCACUCAGUGGGCUGCUUCACACUGCAUGACAGCAUUUCAGACAAUGAUAAUGAGUGCACCAUUUGGAGGUGAGAUGAUGGAGUUUAAGAUGUAUUGUCAUUUGUUGUGGGAUUGGGCCUAUGAUCUCUUGAAGGAUUCAAGUGUGGGCCCAUAUUUUGUAUUUGGUGCUCAGUGCCUAUCCAAGUUUGAUGGUGCUUCAUUUGUUCAUUUCAUUGAUGAGCCAUGGAUGGCUAACAAAUUUUGGGAUGUACAAAGUGAUCUACCUUCAGUUGUUGUGUGGAUUGUGAAUCUACCUACUUGGAUCCAUAAUGGUGAAGGUUUAGGUGGUGGCCAUGUAGUCAGGUGGUUACCAAUUGUGAAGGAAGACAAGAGGUACUCUGGAAAGAAAUCAUUUGCCAACUUCAAGAAUCACAUUUGGCAUGAAUCAUUCAAGAAGAUACUAGAUACAAUAUCAGAGUACUCAAAAACUGGCUAUUGGCUGAUUAUGAAGAGCACUGUUAUCCAAGUGAUGGUGAAAAGGCAACUCAAAACCAUGGAGGAUGGACACCAUAAACAUGUGCACACUCAUGAAAAUGAAUCACUAGCUCCUGAGUUAGGUGGACCCACAGCAUCCACUGAUCCCUCUGUAGAUGAGGAUCUACCAGCUCCUGAUCUAGGCAAACUUGCAAUGCCCACUGGACCAUCUGUAGAUGAGGAUUUACCAGCUCCUGAGUUAGGUGGACCUAUGGCAUCCACUGAUCCAUCUGUAGAUGAGGAUCUACCAGCUCCUGAUCUAGGCAAACCUGCAACACCCACUGGACCAUCUGUAGAUGAGGAUUUACCAGCUCCCAAGUUAGGUGGACCUACAGCAUCCACUGAUCCAUCUGUAGAUGAGUGUAGGAUCUACCAGCUGCCAGGUUAG